AUGCAACAGACUCGCAACAACAUUCGGGAACAGAGCCAAUCCCGUUCAACCUCCAUCACCACCGCCGCCGCCGCCGCCAACACCAUCCCCCCUCCCUCCCUAUCCGCCUUCGGCCUCGACAAAUCCCCCAUCGAAGCCCUCCCUUUCUUCCGCUUCUCCUCCCUUCUCAGCUCCCGCUUCAGCCUCGAAUGCGCAGUCUGCCUCGCCAAAUUCGACGAUGCCGGCAUCCUUUGCCUCCUCCCCAAAUGCAUUCAUGCCUUCCACAUCGGCUGCAUCGACCAGUGGCUCGAAACGAACUGCACCUGCCCCCUAUGCUGCCUCCACGGCACCACCGACGAUCUCUCCGCAAGUCUCCAGUUCCUACACAAUCCGCCGCCGCCGCCGGAUUCCAAUCUCGAGCUCGAGCUCGAGGCAGAGAGAGAGGACGCCGAUGCCGGAGAGCAUGCCGCCGAUGCACAGAUUGAACCACAAGAUCUUGGUGCUGAAGAGUCGGUGGAGAAACGUGAUCUCCUCCGACAUAAUGCUCCUCAACUCAAGUGA